AUGUUCUUUAGUCGCACGCCGCCGAAACAAAAGAAGCGGAAACGAACACAAUUUGAAGACAAACCGCACAAUCGUUCGGAGGGUCAAAAAGUCAGUUCACAGCCCGUCCAACGUAUACCCUCGUUACAUCGUCUACGGCAUACUCAGUCUGCUCUGUGCAUCGCAGUAGAAGCAGACAUAGAAGAAGUGAUACCUGUCGAAAGCCCGCAUGACGGGAAACGUCACCCCUCGGACCCGUCGAUUGGCAGUGUUCUUACCUACACCUUCCAAAUCCCUGAGGCACGACGCACCUCUGUUACACCGAGCUCCAACUGGGGCCCCGCUUCUUCCGAGGAGGGCAUGAUGCGUGCCUGCGGACGAGGAGAUCUCAUAGUUACACGGGACUAUUUCGACGAUGUGCCAGAGACGCCAGACAAUGCACGUCACCAGCAGUCGAGGUGGAAGAUACCUCAUUGGCGCCACAAGCUUACUGGCUCCCCACCACUACCCGCCACCAUGUCACCUACACAGCCCAUGGUUAUCACACCAGCUGUAGACUACUUCGCCCAGGUCUAUACCGAUAAGCACGUUACUCACCAAACUGACGAUCCCGAGAUCGCAGAAAGAGAGCAUAGCGAUGCUGGUCCCGAGAUCGAAGAUGAUCCAAGGCUGCGAAAGAUGCUGGGAAACAUUGUGACUCCGUCCAGCAACGACGAAUCCAGUGACAGUGAUAUGGAACAUACCAAGAAAAGAAAGGGCAUCAAAGAAUCAGAAACUACAGCCUUUGAGGUUGCAGAACGGUUUCGAGAUAAGACGGGAGAUGGGUGGGAGCACACAAGAGUCAAAGUGCCUUGGUGA